AUGGCUCUCAGCUUCUUUAGUGGCGGCGGGAGCGCAAGCAAUGCCAAGUACUUUGAUAUUCGAUUGAACGAUGACUAUAUCGUGUUCCGCGGAAGUGAGCAUGAAGCUGCUGGUGCCCUCUUGAAGGGAACACUGGUUCUCUGCUUGUCGGAGCCGCUCGCAAUCAAGCAUAUCCGAUUAGAGCUCACAGGAAUGUCGCGUGUCUGCUGGCACCUACCUUCUAGCUCGACCGCCGGUGGUCGCAAAUCCUGGAGAGAACGCGUAUUCUACGACAAGACAUUCAGAUUCCGUGAUGCUGGCAAAGGAAAAACUGAGCUCUUACAGGCAGGGAACUACGAGUAUCCCUUCGAAGUUUUUCUAGAGGGGUCAAUGCCUGAGAGUGUGGAGGGUCUAUCGGAGACUUGGGUCAUGUACCGCUUCAAGGCCGAGAUCGGAAGGAAGUACGCUAAAGACAUUGUGGCGCGAAAGCCCCUGCGCAUUAUCCGAACACUUGACCCGAGUGCGCUAGAGCUUUCACAUGCGAUGUCUGUCGAUAACAUCUGGCCGAACAAGAUUGAGUACUCAAUCAGCACUCCGACCAAAGCUGUUCCAUUUGGAACCUCGAUUCGUGUGGAUUUCAAGUUGAUUCCUCUGUUGAAGGGGUUGCGUAUCGGACAAACCAGUUCACAGCUCAUCGAAAGCCACGAUCUUACUCUCAACCCGGAAGACCCUGACUCCAUCCGCAAUACCUACAAGAUCACCCGCACCAUCUUAUCCGAUGAGCAUGAGUUGAAUGAUGAUAGUAUUGAGGUUAUUGAUGAGGCGGCUGAAGGUUACCAAUUCACACGUUAUCUCGAUAUGCCAUCGAGCUUGACUAGGUGUUUGCAGGACACAGACACCAAGGGCAUUAAGAUUCGUCAUAAGUUGAAGUUCCGUAUUCAACUUCACAACCCUGAUGGACAUAUCAGUGAACUUCGUGCAACUCUCCCGGUCUCAAUCUUCAUCUCCCCAAGCAUUGGCCUUGACGAUAACAACAACAUCCUUGACCAGAGUGUGGUGUCGGCUAAUCAACGACGAGCCGCCGACGAGUUCGCCGCUCAACAGGCACCUCCGUUAUAUGGAGAGCACCAGUUUGAUCAGUUAUAUAGUCAGGUCGACCCCAACGGAUACCGCACACCAGGCCCCGGCAGCGGACCAAACACACCAGGCGGUGCCCUGAGUCGUAACAUUUCCACCGAUAACCUCGCCUCCAUGAACGCAUUGACCAACACCGACAUCUCUGCUGCGGCGCUACGAACUCGUCUCCAGGGAAUCCAGGGAUUGCACAAUAUGCAUACCAUGGGCCAGCCCUCCCCCAGCGAGCCUCCACACGAGUCCCCGACUGAGAGCCAUCCCAACUCACGGCAGUUGAAUGUUCAUUUCAAUGACUAUUUCGGACCAUCUUCGGGAUCUAAUUCACACACUCCUGGUAGCCCUGAACUUUCCCGGAGACCUUCAGACGAGGUUGAUCAUGAAGCUCUCCCAUCAGGAAUGGCAACCCCCUUCCAUCCUCAAUUCGCCGAGGUCGAAACAUUGAGUCGAGUUCCCAGCUAUUCAACUGCAGUGCGGUCUAAUGUGGGCUCUUUUGACUCUGGCCUUCCCGACUAUAAUGCGGUCAUUGCAAGUAGCUUGCCGACCACCCCAUUACUCCAAUCUCCACAGCAGGCCUAUCUACGAAGUGGCCGGAACAGUGGACGGGCUAGUGGAAUCUCCACGCCCUUGGAGGUGAGUCGUAUUAGCUACUUCGGCUCCGGAAGCACCAAUGCUGAUGACGCCGAACGUAGAUUCCGAUUAGUGCAAGCCCGCGCUAGAACGUGA